AUGAGCUGGUGGCCUGAAACGGACCCGAUUCCCGAGGGCUUUUGGGGGCCUGUGACCAGCACGCUCUUGUGGUGUGAGCGCAAGUACCAAUGGACCAAGUACAUAGCUGAGCCGGUCAACUCGCUCACGAACCUGCUCUUCCUGUCGCUGUCCGCGUACGGCAUAUACCGUGUGUCGACGGAGCGCCUCGCGCCGCGCUUCUACGGAUGUGCGCUCGGUAUCGGGAUUGUCGGCUUCGGCUCGUUCCUGUUCCACAUGACCCUCAAGUUUGAGGCGCAGCUGCUCGACGAGCUGCCGAUGAUCUGGGCGAGCAGCUACAUGACAUGGUCCAUGCUGGACCAGACGCUCUUUUUUGGGCGUAAGGUGAACCGCUUUAUUUUGCCGACCAUCAUCCUGGCGUUCGUUACGUGGAUCACGGUGGCGUACGUGAUCAACGGCGACCCCGUCUUCCACCAGGUGGCCUAUGCGUCGAUCAUGGUCGUGACAAUCCUGCAUGCGAUCUACAUCAUGGUGCACCCCCGUGCGCCCCUCAACGUCUCGGACGCUGCGCGCCGCCGCCGCGCUGAGGCGCGCUUCCUCGAGCAGGCCGGCACCGUGCUGUUCCUCAUUGGCUUUGGUAUCUGGAACCUGGACAACAUCUUUUGCGGCCACUUGCGCGUGGCGCGUGAAAAGAUCGGGUACCCCUUGGCCAUCCUGCUCGAGGGCCACGGCUGGUGGCACAUUUUCACCGGCUGCGGCGCGUACCUCCUGCUGCUGUCGAUCGAGGUUAUCGUCAUGACAUACUUGGAGCACCCCGACAACUUUGUCGUGCGCUAUGGCUGGAUCCCAUACGUCCAGCGCGUCCAGCCACACGACCCGUCGCGCACGCUUUUGCGCGAGUUUUCCGCACAGACAGAGAAGAAGGCCCAGUAG